GCAUCUCACCUAAUGUUGACUUGAAACCACUAAAAUAAAUAUUACCAACUUCACAUAUAUCUUUCUUGCACUUCACAAAAACAAAAGAUCAAGACAAUCAUUACUUGUGUUCUUUAUUAUGGCUUGUGGUUAUAGAAUAGUUCUUGUGGCUAUAAUCUCAUUCCUGUUUUUGCUUCCAAAUACCACAGGAUGGGGAGAAGAUGGACAUGCCAUUGUUUGUAAGAUUGCUCAGAGUCGGCUGAGCAAUGAAGCUGCUAAGGGAGUGAAGAAGUUGUUGCCAAAAUCUGCGAAGAAUGACUUGGCUAGUCAGUGUUCAUGGGCAGAUCAUUUGAGGGUUGUGUUUCCUUGGUCGUCUCCUUUGCACUUUGCUGAUACUCCUGACAAUGUUUGCAGCUAUAACAACAAAAGGGAUUGUUUAGAUCAUAAAACUGGAACCAAAGGUCGAUGUGUUGUCGCAGCUAUUACCAAUUACACUGACCAGCUCCUCGACUAUGCCACUCAAACUGAAUCUCAAUAUAACUUCACUCAAGCUCUUCUAUUCCUUUCACAUUUUAUGGGAGACAUCCAUCAGCCUCUACAUUGUGGUUUUGUCUCAGACAAAGGAGGCAAUGAAAUUAACGUUCAUUGGUACAAAAGAAAACAAAAUCUUCACCAUGUUUGGGAUGUUAGCAUAAUUGAGACACAAGUUGAAAGAUUUUAUGACUCUGAAUUAGGCGAGUUUGUUGAUGCAAUACAACAAAAUAUUACGAGAGAAUGGGCUGAUCAAGUACAAGAUUGGGAGAAUUGCGGGUCUAAGGACAUCCCAUGCCCUAUUACAUAUGCUUCUGAAAGUAGUAAAAAUGCUUGUAAAUGGGCAUAUGAAGAAGCAGAAGAAGGUUCAACACUUGAUGAUGAUUACUUCCUGUCUCGUUUACCAAUUGUUAACUUGCGGUUAGCACAAGGAGGAGUUCGAUUGGCUGCAACACUAAAUCGAAUUUUUGACACACAAUUUGCUAUGUCAAUGUAAUUUGGUGAAAUGUUAAUGCUAAUGUUGGAUUAAAAGAUAUUUUAAUGUUAUAUUUUAAUGUUUUAUUGUUGUUAUUAUUUCCUUUUCUUUGCCAUGUAUCAUCACUAUGACUAUGUUAUUGUUCUGAAAUUCAAAGAAUAAUUUUCCUUUCCCCUCUACUCUUUCUUUUAUGU